AUGGCGUUCGUCUUCACCGGCAGAGUCAGUCGCCCAUCCGCGCACUUGCGCAUCCCGCGACCAUUCGCCAGGUCAGCAUAUCGCGCCCAAAGCACCACGUCUUCCCAGCCAGACCACGUCGCCGCACAGCUCGACUUUCGCACAUUCGUCGAUGUGCUCCGCGCCGACGGCGACCUCGCAGAGAUCAAUGACCAAGUCGACCCGCACCUCGAGGUCGGUGCCAUCGUUCGGCGUGUGAGCGAAGUCAACGGCAAAGCACCUCUAUUCAACAACGUAAAGGGGGCGAAAAAUGGCCUGUGGAGGAUAUUUGGCAACGCCGCGAGCCUUCGAAGCCGCGAGGAGGAAAAGUAUGGCCGCAUAGCCCGGUCGUUUGGCUUGCCGCCGGAUUCUAGCUGGAAGGCCAUUCUGCAGAGAAGCCAGGAGGCAAAGCGUCGGCCGCCGAUUCCGCCUCGCAUCCUGCCCACGGGACCGUGUAAGCAGCACAAGAUUUUCGGCGACGACAUUGAUCUGCACAAGCUGCCGGCUCCGAAGCUCCACCAGGGCGAUGCGGGCAAGUACCUGCAGACGUACGGGGUGCAUGUCCUCCAAAGCCCAGAUGGCAAGUGGACGAAUUGGUCCAUCUUCAGAGGCAUGAUUCACGACAGCAGACGGCUCGUGUGCCUCGUAGGAUCGGGACAGCACAACUCCGUCAUUAGAGACAUGUGGCUGAAGAAGGGCAAGACGGAAGUCUCGUGGGCGCUGGCGUUUGGCGUCCCGCCCGCGGCCAGCGUCGUGGCGGCGUGUCCUGUUCCCCAAGGCGUGUCGGAGGCCGAGUACGUCGGUGCCAUGGUCGGCCAGCCGCUGGACGUGGUGAAAUGUGAGCUGAGCGAUCUGCUUGUUCCUGCGAAUAGCGAAAUCGUCAUGGAGGGCACCUUUUCCUUCAAGGACAAGGCCCCGGAGGGUCCGUUUGAAGACUAUCUCGGCCUGCACUUCAGCGACGACCAGCAUAUGCAGCCGCUUUUCACGGUCAAUGCGAUAACCUACCGGGACGGAGCUAUCUUGCCGGUCUCUGUUCCUGGCAAAAUCACUGAUGAAUCUCAUGUGACGGCGUCCAUGGCUUCGGAGGAGCUCUUGGAGUUGCUCCGGCAGCAUGGGUAUCCCGUGAUCGACGCGUUCGCUCCGCUUGAAACCUAUGCGACCUGGUGUGCUUUGAAGGUUGACGUCAAGAAGCUUGCGGAGAUGCGCACAACGCCCGAAGAAUUUUGCAACAAGAUUGGCAAUUUGGCGUUUAAUGACAAGAGUUCCAUGUUGAUGAAUCGCAUCAUGCUCUUUGGGCACGAUGUAGAUGUUGGAAAUUUUAGGGAUAUCAUGUGGGCGUUGGCGACGCGCUGUCGCCCCGGGCAAGAUGAGUACGUAUUUGACGAUAUUCCCGUCCUCCCUCUCACGCCGUACAUGUCACAUGGAAGGGGGGAUCCGACCCGUGGUGGGAAGGUGGUGUCGGACUGUCUGUUCCCAAUGGAGUACGAGGGCAAGAUUAGCUUUAGGGGGUGUGACUUUGAGAGAAGCUAUCCAGAAGAGAUUAAGGAACGGGUGGGGUCAAACUGGACUGCGAUGGGAUUUGAUGAGGUUGAAUCGCUGUCCAGGUCGACAUGA